AUGACCCACGAGGAGUAUAAGCAGGUUGUAGUGAUAGCUUUUGGGGGACCUUCUUCUUCGGGAAAGACCACUUGUGCCAAAGCUGUGCAUUCCUUGAUCAAGAAUUCCAGGUUGAUUCAUCUUGAUGAUUUCUAUUUAGCUGACCACCUCAUCCCUGUUGAUCCCGUUACUGGUCAACAGAACUGGGACGUUCCAGAGGCUCUUGACUUCGCACGUUUCACAUCUUACAUCAAAUCAAUAAGACAGAGCCAUAAUCUAGAAGACAAGAUCGACACAUUGGAACCUGACACGAAUUUGAAAUUGACUGCUCAAGAAGUGCAGCAGUUUGAAGCCAAGAUCGCUCAAAAUAUACCGGAUCUAGAUAACACCUUGCUUGUGUUGGUGGACGGAUUUAUGUUGUUUCAUGAUCGUGAAAUUAUUCAGUUGUUUGAUGUAAAGCUAUUUUUCCAUGCAUCAUUUGAAACACUUAAAAAUAGAAGAGAGCUGCGAAAGGGCUACAACACCGUAGAGGGAUUCUGGGUGGAUCCUCCAAACUACUUCCGUGACAUGGUUUGGCCAGCGUAUGAAUCUAGCCACAAAUAUCUCUUUGAAAAUAAGGAUGUCGAUGGCGUGUUGAAAUCAGAGUAUAAGACGCAAUACCAAAUCCACGAUAUACGAAAUGAAACAGGGGUGAAAUUGUACGAAGUUGUAGACUGGCUGCUCCAACACAUAUUCGCCAUGGUCAAGCGGUUGUAGGCGGGCUCGAACCUACAUGGCUGUAUUAAGCUCCUUCCAGGGUUUACUUCUACAUGGUAUUACCCGAAAUUGUAUUUAGUAUACGUACAUUAUUAUUUAGACGCACCCAUAGAUUCUACAUUAUUUUUCUUC